AAUAUAAGCUUAUGAAAGGGCGAUAGGGUUGGAGCCCUCCCCGCGUUUCGCGCUCUCCGCCCUCCGGUACGGCGGCGCUCCCCCCCCCUUUCGUAGCCGCGACGCUAGGGUUGGAGCCCUCUCCGCCCUCCCGUACGGCGGCGCUCCCCUCCCCCCCUUUCGUAGCCGCGACGCCAUCGCUUUCCUCACUCGGGAACGCAGCCGCGUUCUUCCGUACGACGCGGCGUUGGCCCCCCUCGCCGUCCUUUCGUCCUCUCCGCCUUCGUGAUGGUGCCUUUCCGCCUUCUCUCGCCCUGUUGCCUGUCUCGUCUGACGGAUCUCCGCCUUCUCUCACCCUGUUGGCUGUCCCAUCCGACGGAUCUCCGCCUUCUCUCGCCCUGUUGCUUGUCCCGUCCGACGGAUCUCCGCCUUCUCUCGCUUUGUUGCAUGUCCCGUCUGACGGCUCUCCACCUUCUCUCGCCCUGUUGCCUGUCCCGUCCGACAUCCCGUCCGCCUUCUCCCGUACGCUCCGCCUUCUCUCGCCCUGUUGCCUGUCCCGUCCGACGUCCCGUCCGCCUCCUUCCGUCCGAUAGGCAUGGCGCUCGCGACUCUUCCUCGCCUUUACCUCUCCCUGGCUAUUAUAAAUACUAAACGGUUUGAAAUUUUUUUUGGCGUCUUUUUCUCUAAUCUUCCCUGAUUUUUAUCCCCUGUUUUUGAUCGCUGUUGUUCCGUCGUUCUUGCCUUGUGGUGCACGCAAGUACGAACGGGUGUGGGCCGGCGAGCGGAGGAGGGUGCGUGCGGGAGCGGCAUACGGGAGCGAGCCGGGGCGCGAGUGGGCGCCCGGAGCAGGUCGGUCGCAGGGGGCAGCAGGUGCAGGCGCGGGCGUGCGAGGCGCGAGCGGGUGCCGAGCGCGGGUCGCUCGCAGCGGGCAGCGCGUGGCGCGGGUCGCUCGCAGGGGGCAGCACGUGCGGGCGCGGCGCGGGCGGGCAGCUCUCCCUCUCCCUCUUCCCCCACCCCUCUCCGGAGAAACAUCGAGUUAGCAAACAACUGAGAGUGAUUGUUUUUAGUGUCACCCUUUCCUCACUCUCUGUCUCUUGCACUCCAAGUGUUUGAUGAAUUGCCUCUGCAGUGGUGAAGUUGCUUUGGUCUGAGCUUAUUAUCUGGAGGAUUAUGGCUUUAUCUUUCAAAAAGAUGUUAACUUGGCAUCUUCUGGCAGCACCGAUUGCUGUAUGAAACUAAGAAGAUCUCAAAUGUUAGGUUUUGGUUUACCGAAACGUGAUUCGGAUUGUGAUGUAGCCUCGGGAAAGAGAAGAGUGAAAGGUAGUACUAAAGUUGUGAGCAAAGUUGAGACUAAUGUAGAUGGGUUGAGUAGUGAGCAGGAUGGAGGAAAAUGUGGAAAGGAAGUCAAAGGGAGCAUUGACAUUAUGGAGAUACAAACCUCUGGGAGACCUAUUGAUACUUUGCUUGAGAAGGUGCUUUGCAUGAACAUCCUCUCUUCUGAUUAUUUUAAAGAGCUUUACAGAUUGAAGACUUACCACGAAGUUAUUGAUGAGAUUUACAAUCAAGUCGAUCAUGUGGAGCCAUGGAUGACCAGCAACUGUCGAGCUAACUUUUGAUGCCUCCUGGUAAUGCUCCACCUUUCAAAAUCUAUCUUGGGAGCAUCAAAGACCAAACUCAAAUAUGUAAGAAUAAUAUACUUUAAAUUUGGCUAACAUGGACAUACUAUGGAGAUGGUCAACAUUUAGUUAAAGCUUCAUGACUAUCAUCUCCAAUCAGAUUACUGAGACAAGGUAAUACACAAACAGAGAAAGCGCUUAAAGAGAGGGCAUUACAGGAAAACUUAAAAGAAGAUGAAUAAAGCGUUUUGAUUAUGGACGGAAUGACCAGGUCCCUGAUGUUGGUUCGAUCUCUAGAAAUUCAAUGGAUGUAAGAUGAUUUUUCUUUAUCUCUUCUUAAAUUUCCUGCUAAAACUUAUAUUCACCAUCUUAGGUAAAAUUCUUGUAAUGUAGUUUUCAAGUUCAUAAUGUUGGUUCUUCCUUCUUCCUCAAAGUAGUUUUCUUAAAUGAUUCAUGGAUAAUAACACAUUUACUCCUGGAUUUCCUUUUGAGUUUCAAAUGCUACUAUUUAGUCCCUAAAGCUUGAGCCCAAUUUGUGUUUCAUCUUCAGAGUCUCGAUUUAUUCCCUGAAAUUCGAUAGAGAUUGCAAUUUCUUCCCCAAAGAUUGACCUUGAUUAUGAUAUCGUUCUCGGAUUUUUAGCUUUAACAAAGAAGAACUUCAUACUGGUGCUAAGUUAUUAUCUUAUCAGAAGGUCGACUAAUGGAAGGACUUAAUUGUAAUGCAAUGCAAACUUUAUGUGCAAAAUUCUUACAAUUGACAUCAUGAGGACAAUUUGAAAUGAAGGUCGAUCUUCAACUAUUG